CCCCCUCCCGGCACAACCCUGUAUCUCCCCCUCGCCUCCAGCAGCAGCAGCAGUCGUCUCUCUCCGGCAGGAGGGGGAGGGGAGGUCCUCUGUCAUCCUGCGAGGAGGGAGAGAGAGACUUACACAUACUGCGAGCCGGAGAGAGAGGAGGAAGGGUCCGGCCAUUGCCAGGGAUUCCCGGCCCCUCCACCAAAUGAAUGGCGUGGCUUUCUGCCUGGUGGGAUCCCCGUCUUCCCCCGCUGCUCAGGCCCCCUUAGCUCCACGAGAUGGGACUCGCCUCGGUAAUUCCCCACCACAUGAUGAAUCCUUUACAUGGGUUGGACCCAGGACGCUGAUCAUCAGGAAGACAAGACAAGGGUUUGGGUUCACUUUGCGCCAUUUCAUUGUGUAUCCACCGGAGUCCGCUGUCCAUGUUCCACAUCAGGAAGAAAAUGGCAGUUCAGAGUAUAACGCAGCAUCCAGUCGCUUGGAACCGAUGGACACCAUAUUUGUCAAGCAUGUGAAAGAGGGUGGCCCUGCACAGCAGGCCGGACUCUGCACAGGUGAUCGACUCGUAAAGGUUAAUGGAGAAAGUAUAAUCGGGAAAACAUAUUCACAGGUCAUUGCUCUGAUUCAAAACAGUGAUGAUGUGCUGGAACUCUCCAUUAUGCCAAGGGAUGAGGACAUUUUACAACUGGCCUACUCUCAGGAUGCAUAUUUGAAAGGGAAUGAGCCGUACCGGGGGGGUGCACAUAGCAUCCCUGAACCACCCCCUGUUUUUUAUCCAUGGCGGAAUCAGCAUCCAGAAUCAUCUCCUGGGUAUCCAGCAAGCUCUGUAUUCCAUCGUUCUAGUUGUGAAGACUUUCCUUCAGACAGAAGCCCCAUGCAUAGUGAAGUGCAGAGGAGCAGUCCUGCUUACCGUGAUAAGUACUCGCGACCUGUUGUUAAUCCUCUCCCUCCACCCAGACCUUACAUGACAUCACCAGCUGUGUCUGACAGAUUCAGGGGCCCAGGACCUCCAUGCAAUUCCGCAUAUGGUUGGACUUCUCGCCAUCAACCAGAGCCAACAAAUAAAGCUCCUCCAGAUAAUUGGGAGCAGCCAGCUGGCUCCCGCUGGGUAAGUCAGUGGGAGCGACAUCAGGCACUGUGCAGCUGGAUGUCCCAGCAGACACCUCGUAGGAGGGGCUCAGCCUUGCCCCCUAGAAGACGUAGUGCCUCACAAGACCGUCUAGGAGAAGUCACUCAUCAGGGUAACUGGCCUCAUAGUGUGUCACAGGACACCCUCCAUCGUCCUCCUGAUAAUGAUUCCUGGGGUCAUCGGGCACAGUCGGACAAUUUCUUGCCCCGUUAUGGAAGGUCUAUGGAGAAAUUGGAUUUGAGUGCUUUAAUAUCUCCCCCCUAUGAACGCUUUAUUUGGGCAUCUGACAGACCCCCACAGACAUCUCAAAUAGUGUCUUGUCCGCCACCGUGUCAGAAUGUUCCAUCUGUACCUAGAGAAGUACCAAAACCUCCAACGCAGCAUUCUACUUCUGGGGACUCAGGGUACAUAGGGUAUCGAAGUUAUAGUCCCUCUUUUCAGCGUCGGACUGAGCUUCUUCAUGCUUUUUCAUUUAGGGAGACCGGAUUUAGUGGCCUCCCAACUUUUAGGACAGCACAGUAUCCAAGCUCUCCCCCUUCCCCACCAGAGAGAAGGGAGCCAACUGUAAGUGUUAGCUCCACAGAUGACAGUAGUGCCACAGAGGAGAGGAGAGAUGAGGUGGUCCUAAGGCAGAAGCCUCCAACAGGACGCAAGCUCCCUGCUGCUGUGCGACAAGUCAAUGUGCUCUUUGCAGAUGAAGACAAAGAUGUAGAGUUCAGCCCUUCUCCUGCAGGCAGUGAGGAGACGUCUAGCAAGCCACCAUUGCAAAGGGUACCCCCAUUACCAUUUUCUGAGGAGCCUCUGGCAUCGAUCCCGUUUAUUGAUGAGCCAACAAGUCCAAGCAUUGACCUGCGAGCUAAACAUGUCCCUGCGUCCUGUGUUGUUUCCAGUGCCAUCAGCUCAGCUCCUGUGAUUGUUGAUAGUCCUUCCUCACCAACAUUUAGUUUUUCCAUUGGACGUCAUUACUCACAAGAUUGCAGUAGCAUUAAGUCUAGUCGGCGUUCCUCAUAUCUCCUGGCAAUCACCACUGAACGUUCAAAAUCUUGUGAUGAUGGACUCAACACUUUCCGCGAUGAGGGGCGACUGCAAAGGAGGAUUGUGGGCCGGGUGCCAAGUCUCAGGAUGCUGCGUAGCUUCUUCACUAAUGGGUCUUUGGAUAGUUUAGUUGCUUCGGAGGAGGGACGAUCAAAACGCCAUUCUGCCUCUGAGCUUUCUGAUACAGAGUUUAGUGAUGUGCGGAGAGAAGGCUGGCUGCUUUACAAACAGAUUCUCACUAACAAAGGCAAGAAGGUUGGCGGCGGGCUCCGUCAAUGGAAGCGUGUAUUCUCCAUCCUGCGCCCUCACCUUCUCUUCUUGCACAAAGAACGUCCAGAGUUACAGGGCCCUGGGCCAGGUGAGGAGGAGCAGCCAAUCAGCAUCCUCGGAAGCCUGGUGGACAUCUCAUACAGCGAGACCAAGAGGAAGCACGUUUUCCGCCUGACAACACCUGACUUCUGUGAAUAUCUCUUUCAGGCUGAGGACCGGGAUGAUAUGUUGGGCUGGGUCAAAGCUAUCAGGGAGAACAGCCGGACUGAGGGGGAAGACCCCGGCUUUGCCAGCCAUGCUUUAAUUAACAAGAAGCUUAAUGACUAUCGGAAGCUUAGUGUUACUGUGGCCAAACCUGACACAUCCCCUAAGGGGACAAGGAGCUUAGGAAUUCGAUCAGAGAUCCUAUGGGCAGCAGGACUGGCUGCCCCACGAUCACCAAAGCAAGACACUGCUGGAAAAGCAGAGGAAGGGCCUUCUACUAAGGUUCCUUGGGGAAUCAACCUCAUGAAGAAGAACAAAAAGUGUCCACCACGGGCAUUCGGUGUGAGACUUGAGGAUUGCCAGCCUGCAGCAGAGAACAAGGGGGUCCCUUUGAUAGUGGAGUGGUGCUGUACACUGGUGGAACAAAAGGGUCUGGAGUAUUUGGGUAUAUACCGUGUUCCUGGAAAUAAUGCUGUAGUAUGCAAUCUACAAGAUCAGCUCAACAAGGGCCUUUGUGACACCAACAUACAAGACCAGCGCUGGCAGGACUUGAAUGUUGUCAGCAGUUUGCUCAAAUCUUUCUUUCGAAAACUUCCCGAGCCCCUCUUCACUGAUGACAAAUACAACGAGUUUAUUGAGGCAAAUCGUUUGGACGAUUCUAGGGAGAGGAUGAAAAGGCUUCGCAAACUGAUCAGAGAACUCCCUGCCUACUACUAUGAGACACUGCGCUUCCUUGUGCGCCACCUGAAGACCGUAGCUGACCACGCAGAGAAAAACAAGAUGGAGCCUCGAAAUCUGGCCUUGGUCUUUGGCCCUACACUGGUCCGCACAUCUGAGGACAAUAUGACAGACAUGGUGACACACAUGCCAGAUCGCUAUAAGAUUGUAGAAACUCUCAUCCAACAUUCUGACUGGUUCUUCAGUGAAGAGCAUGAAAAAACUGAGAAGACUCCAGUGGAUGAGUCAGAUUCCCAGUCUGUACCAAAUAUUGAACACCUUCUGCCAAAUAUCGGGCGAACAAUAGCACCCGGAGACACCUCAGAUUCCACCAACAGUGAUUCUGCCAAAGCCAAGGCCUCUCGAAAGGAGAUUUAUGCCCGCGAUAUCCUGUCAAUUCCCUUCAUUUCCGCAGUCAACCGCAAACGUAGGAAGCGGAGAGAUGAAAAGCGCUUUGGGAGCAGCACAGAGGAGGAUGACUCUGAGCAGGAAGUGGCACGGGUGGGACAGCCAGAACAAGAUGUCGAGGUCAUAGAAAAGCAAAAGGAGGCUGAUGAAUCCCAAGAGCCAGCAUGUUUAAGGUCCCCAGAUCAAAAGCUGCCUGGUGCAGGGGACACUGAAGCUGAGAGUAAAGACCCUGGGAGUAGGUGGGUGGCUGCUGUAGAGGAGAGGAUCCCUGCAGAUGCCCGUUCAAUUGUCUCUGGAUACUCCACUCUGUCUACGUUGUGCUCAGAGCCUGCCUCUAGUGUUCGGGGUGGGGAUGAGGCAGAUGAUGAGCGAAGUGAAUUCAGCCACAUGGAAACUGACACAGAGCUGGGAGGAGGAAGACAAACAGAACGACCACGGUCCCAAGACUCAUUUACCUCUCAAAGGCUAAUUCCUGGGGAUACAUUAGCUCGCAAAAAAUUGGGUAAGGGUAAACUUGAAGCCGCUGAGGAACCAGUAUCUUCUCAUUCUCGUACAACACAGCGCUCAAGACAAGCGGCAGAUGAUCUUUGCAUGGCAGCAAUGCGUAAGCCUGGCUCCCCAGAAACUCGCCGUAGGAAGAGCGCUUGGCGUCGACACACUGUCGUGCUCCCAGGGCAGCUUACUGAUCUUAAUUUUAAUGACUGGAAAGAGCCAAUGCUUGGAGCAACAGCAACGUCUGAACCUAGUGCCCGAUUAAGUGGGGGAGCCUGGGCAGAGGGUAGGGAUUCUGGGCUCAGUAGCUUGGAAUCCCAAAAAGCCAAAAGCCCAGCAGUUCAAGAAUCUGUAGCCAACAAGGGAUCCAAAUCUCAAAAUCCUUCUCUUCCUGGGCUCCGUCAAUAUCUAUAACCAAAUUUGGCAAACUUCUACUGUUACUAUAACCAGAUGUGGGUGCUUUGUUCACAUCUUGAGCAAUCCGCCUGCACUCAUGCACCACUUACAGCUGUCUGACCACAAUAUCAUGGCUUAGGCAGUAUGAGAAGGAUUCUUAUUUACAGGAGAUACUUUUCAUUUUCAUUGUUCUGAGAUAAUGUUUGCCCACGUGGUUCCAUUCCCAUCAGAAUACUUCCCUACCUCUUUUUUCCCUAGCAACUAUCCAACUAUCUUAAUCCCUUUUGGCAUUGACCAAAUACAGUAAAGGAGAUAGCAGGGUCUGUAAUGAGAAUUAUUUCCACAGUGUCUCCACCACACAAAUGAAACAGCCGUUUGCAAUAGGAUAAUUGAGUAUUCUGUAUAUUACAAUAAACACUACACUCAUUCCACACAGCGGGGAUGUGUAUGAAUCAUAGAACUUUGCAGCAAGACACCCAUAUAUAUUGAUCCAUGGACUCUCGUGCCUUAUUGCAUUAUUUUAACAUAUUUCAAUUAUUUUCUUAUUCAGACUACUGUCUGAUGGUGAUCGCCAGCAUGUGCACAAUAAAUGGGAAGAUAGACAUCGGACUCUAUAUAUUUGUACGGUACUUGUAUGUAAUAAUACAUGCUGUGCAAUAGUGUCGGAUAUAGAUAUAUAUAUAUGUGUAUCUAUCUAUAUAUUUAGUGUGUAAAAGUUGUAGGGCCACCUCGUGCAGGAGAGGUAUUACAUAUAAGGUUAGAUGUGUCUUUAUUCCUUACUAGUAAGUUUAGUGUUGUACUUCUAGUGCACCACCAGUUUGGAGAAGUUUCUAUCCUGCCUUGUUGCAGGGAACAGUCAGAAGGAAUAAAUAAUGCCAUGGUUGUGCUCCCAUUACUACAGCUAAAACGUGGGCUUUGCCGUAUCGGAGUACCAUUAAUGAUACACUGUAUGGUCACAGUUUGGAUUUGGAGAAGCUAUGUCUUCAUACCACAGAAUGCAUAGGCAUGAAAUACGUCCAUCUUCUUCCAACAAUGCAAUUUUAGUCAUAAUUUUAGAUUUCCACUACAGAAAUGCCACUAAUGAACUAACAGGCUCAUGUCAGUGAGUGUUAACGGAACUUAAUUUAUCAUACCAUCCUUACUGUUAACACGCCUUGCUUUUAGACCCCGCUCACACAUUAUUUAGUAUUAUUGCACAUAAAUGGGCCUGAGAGGGAGCUCAAACGGAGAGAAGAUCAUGACACAGACAAAAAUGCUGUACCAAACAAGUCUGCUUAGGAACACAUUUAUGUAUAAUAGUCUUAUAUUAUGCAUAUUAUUAUUAUUAUUAGGCUUGCAUCUUUAAUUUAUUAGACAAAUGCAAAGAUAAAUGAAAAAGGUAGGGUUAGAGUGCCCUUAGCCUACUUACUGCUAGGGGGCAGCACUAUUCUGCCUAAGGGGUACAAUGAAACCUGUAUAACUCAACACUGGGAGAUUUGCAAACAUCAAUUUCUGCUGAGGGAAAAGGCCAAAAACCAAUGUACCUUGUUCUCCAAGAUUUUACCCUAUUUCUGCUCCUUAUUCUUACCAAUGGGAGGGCAGCAUUGUUGAGCUCUGUUUACAAAUUAAGUCUCUGAUGCAUUACAGGUAUGGCAUUUUCAAGUUUAGCCUUUCCAUAGAAAUACAAUCCGCAAAUGUAAGUACACAUAUCUUGUCAUAUAAUAUGAUCUCUUAAAUGUUUAUUUUUUAGUUCAGGGUUUUUACAGUUCAUUAUUAUUAUCCUUUAUUUAUAUGGCACCACAUGGGUUCCACAGCGCCUUAAAAAAAAAUACAGAAACAGUAUGAACAAAGCAAGAAAAGAGAGAUUUACAAUAUAAACAUUGCUGCAUUAGACUCAUAACGCAAGUUUUUGGUGCCGUUGCAGCACAGGACAUCACUUGCAUUAUAGCAAGUCAGAUAACUUUAUAUUGUGUUUUGUAUGGCGAUUACACCUAGUAGAUGGGUUUACAGAGGUUCAGCUUCCAAUCUAGAUGACACAAACGUUCCUGUUGCUGGCCUGCACUAGCACAUGCUUGAGGCACUCCUCACUGAUCUACUGGAGCCUGAGCUUCAUGUACACUUCUCAAAGACUUGACUGUUUGACAUUUCAUUGCGCAGAUAGACGCAAUGUCCCAAUGUGAGAAAGGUGACUCACUCAUGGAAGUGCCAUUAUCCCAAUAUUUAGCCUCAUUGUGACAGGAAACCUUUAUCUCAACGUGAUACAGGCAGAGUUACAGCAUGCUAGGAAUUACAUCCCUCUGCUCACUGUCCUUGUACUGUGCAGGUGAAACAUGCACCAUCAUGGUUCACUGAAACAUCUAGGGCUACAUUUACUAAGAUGGGAGUUCUAUUUAAGAUGGGAUGUUGCCCAUAGCAACCAAUCAGAUUCUACUUCUCAUUUAUCUAGCACCUUCUAAAAAAUAAUACCUGGAAUCUGAUUGGUUGCUAUGGGCAACAUCCCAUCUUGAAUGGAACUCCCAUCUUAGUAAAUUUACCCCAUAUACUUUAGUAGCUGUAUACAGAGCCGGAUUAAGGGUAUGGGGGCCCGGGGCACUUAAGAGAGCAAGGUCCCUAAUAAAGAGGCAGGCAGCACUCCGCUGACUUUUACAUUAGUGUAAAUCUGUAUUAAUAGAUACUGACCUGGGUCCAGGUACAAAUUUAUACUAAUUUAAAAGCCUGUGGAGAGCCACCUAUAUUAAGCUAGGAGGACACCCUAGCAUUAUAUAUUUUAUUUAUAUAUAUAUAUAUAUAUAUAUAUAUGCACACACACAUAAAUACAUAUAUACACAUGUAUAUACAGUAUAUGUUUACAUAUAUGCACACACAGCAAUAUAUACACAAACCUCUCUCUCUCUAUCUAUCUAUAUAUAUAUAUAUAUAUAUAUCUAUAUCUAUAUAUAUAUAUAUAUAUAUAGAUAAGCAUGGGUCCGGCACUCCACGAUUAAAAAUAUUGCUGCACUGGUGCCUUCACAUGUACUGCAUGUACAAUAAUAUAUUUACCACCGUGCGGCACUCAGCU